GAAAGCCACGUGUGAGUUUCUUCACUUGGGCAAAAAGCCCUUAAUAUUAUAACGCCUGCGAAAAUUGAAUCAGCAACUAAGUGCCCUUCUCCGCCGCGGACAUCCGUUGCAACCGGCGGCAGCCAUUUAACUUACUAGAUUGCAGUAAUGCCGAAGAAGAGUAACGGAAAUUCCGACAACCACGACGGAGAUGAGCCGGAGGAUUUCGUCAUUCCAUCUUCCAGUGCCGAAUCACAAGACGCCGAUGAAACCGAGGAAGAAAGCGACGACGUACAGAAUGUUCACAAGGAGUAUGUAAGUGAUACGGACGAAGAAGAAGAAGAGGAGGAAGAAAAAGUCGAGGGUAGCAAAGUCGCUAAUACUAACAGCCGGGGCAGGAAGGAGGAUUUGGAAGUACAGAAGAAGGUUUAUAGAAGAAAGGGGAAGAAAAUAGUGGGUGGUAGUGGGCAGAGCGAGAGUGAAAACUUGAAAAUAUAUACGAGAAAGAAGAAGAUGAUAGAAAAAGAAGAGGAGGUUGAAGAAAAGGAGCAAAAUGUCGGUGCAAAAAUGGCUAAAAGCAAAAAGGAUUAUAGGGAGAAAAAUAUGAAGGAGAAGAAUGAAAAGGCAAAGAAGGAAGAUAAAAUGAAUGAAGGUAAAACGGCAAAGAACAAUGGAGAUUCUAGUCGUGGAGGCAAAAAUGAAAAGAGGAACAAGAAGGAUGAGAGGAGGGAAGUAGAAGGAGAAACAAAACUAGCAAAAAAGGGAAAGAGCAAUGGAGGUUCUAGUCAUGGAGGUGUAAUUAAGAAGGAAGAGAACAAGAAGAAGAAAAGGACAGACGAAGGAGAAAGAGAAGGACAAUCAGCAAAAAAGGCCAAGAUCAAUGGUGAUUUGAGUCAGUUGAAAAAAGAAGAGAAAAAUAUGAAGAAGACACAAAAUAAAAAGGAAGGAGAUGAAGAGGCUGAAGAAAAGCUAGUGAAAAAAUCGUAUAGUAAUGGAGUUGCAAGUCCAUCUACAAAGGAGAAGAUGAAAAGGGAGAAGGAAAAGGAGGGUAAAACAAAUAAUGGCAAGGUAAAAGAUGAAGCAAUUAGCAAUGGUACCACCAAAAAGAAUGAGGAGAAGAAAUUGAAGGCAAAGAAGAAAAGGGAGGAUGAUGAAGAGGAGGAAGAAGAGAAGAGUGAGAGUGUGCUUUACCAAUUUCCCCAUAACCGAGUCCAUCGGAUAAUAAAAAAUGAAAAUGCUGAUAUUAGGAUGUUACACGAAGCAACCUUCCUUGUUAACAAAGCUACGGAGAAAUUUCUUGAAGUAUUUUGCAGGGAGGCUUAUGCUUGUUCUUUUCUGGAUCGCAAAAGUUAUGUUGGAUACAACCAUCUGUUAGCUGCUGAAGCAAACCCUCUAAAUUUCUAUUGGAAGCUUGCUGCUACUGCAUAUCAGAGGCGCUGUGAUAUCGCUGUGUUUAUACUUUAUAUCUUCAAAGUUGAUCCAAGAGAAGUCCAGAGCCCACCUUAUAAGCUUCAGUUGUUUCCAAACGACCCAGAUUUGACUUUCUUUCAGAUUUUAUUCCCCAGAAAGUAAGAGCUGAAGAUGCUUUGGCUGAAAUCCCCAAGGCUGAGGAGACAUGAUCAUGGUGAUCCGGAGUUGAUGCCUUGUACAAUUAAUUUUUUGUUGUUCGUAGACAACCACUUACUACACUAACUAGCUAUUAAGGGCAGUGACUUAGUUUUUGAUUUGCUUCAUUUGAUGACUGUGUUGGUAUCAAGUACGUGAUAUAUAUAUAUAAUGAGAGAGAAGGCUAGGGGAAGAGGGUAAAAAAAGUGGGGUUUAGAGGCACUUGUGUUCUAAUCAAUUUGAUUUCCUUCCUAUCUGUGCAGUUUAUGCCUGUAAAUAAAAAUGUAUUGUCUCUAAAGUCUUGAACAUUUAGGUCGACUUACGAGUUCAGAUCAGGUAUUGUGUAUCGUAAUUUCAUUUGUCAUGCUCUAUUUAAUCGUACGGAGAUGAUAAUGUCAUAUUUGUCGGUAAAAACUAA